GACUCCUCUGGAAUGUUAACAAUGCAGUAAGUGUCCAACUUUGUACUGCAUUCUAAUUCUGCCGUGAGUGGCGAGAAAAUGGAGGACAAUCCCAUGAUUUUCACUGUGUGCUUUAUAUGAGAGGACAUCGAAAGACGAUCCCCGGGCAACAAAACACCAGACAGAUAAUCUACAACUUUACUGAAGUUUAAAUCAGUUCCUUGGAUUAAGGUACCACUAAAAUCACAUGGCAAAGAUGCAUACCAGACUGGGAUGGAACAAGUACGCAGAUGUAACCCCUCACAUGUCUUGGGAGGAGGGGGAGUGUGAGCCCUGAAAGGGGUGCUGGGAUGUGAGUAGGCCAGCAUCCAGCACGAGCCAGAGCCAAAGAGGCAGCAGCAUCAAAGACGAGCAACAACAGGAAUCCUAAUCUUCCCUUGCAUCUUUCCCAUUGCAGCCUGUUAUCUAUUCAGGUCAGACUGAGCCUGGUGUGAAGAAUUUGUGUAUACAGGCCACGUUCACUCAUGAGGCCUAAGACCUUCCCUGCCGCCCCAUAUGUGGGCAACACGCGCCAGCGCCUGCAGGAGAUCAAGGAGGGACUGAAACAACCUGCAAAGCUGGUGAGCCAGGCGCUUCAUGGAGGGAGCGCUCGAGGGGAGGGGGGCAGAGGUGGGGACUCGAAGGGCAAAGACCAAGCUGGAAGGCAACAACAGCUCCGGCAGCCUCAGAAGUUCAACAACUACCAAAAUGCCCUGCGAGAGAUCCGCAAGUCUCUAUUGCCUUUUGCCAAUGAAUCAGGCCCGGGAUCCAGCUCGGGACAUCCUGGUGAAGUCAAUAGACAGAUGCUACAGGAUCUCGUCAACGCUGGUUGUGAUCAGGAAAUGGCAGUCCGUGCCUUAAAACAGACUGGCAGCCGUAACAUUGAGGCAGCAUUGGAAUACAUUAGCAAAAUGGGUUACCUGGACCCUCACAAUGAACAGAUUGUACGUGUCAUCAAACAGACUUCCCCAGGAAAAACUGGCAUGCCAAAUUUAAUGGACCACAGGGCGGCAAUGGAGGGCACUGGGGAUGGUGCAAUGCCACCUUAUCACCAAAUGGGAGCGCCACUGUAUGAUGGAGCUGGUUAUGGGGCUGAGGGUGAAAUGGCUCGUGCAUACAUGGGUGGACCACCUGUCAUGAACUACAUGCCACCGCCUGCCAACACUUCACAGGGUCCUACCAUGGGAAACCCAAUGGGUCGUCCCGCAAGUAUGGGUGCCUACUCCACAAGCAUGGCUCCCCAAAAUAACCCUGGGAACCCUAUGUACACCCCUGGUCCAGCCCAGCAAAAAGGCUACCCUGGUGGGAUAGACCAGGCCAUGAUGGGCUACAGUGUGCCUGGACCACCCAUGCAAAUCCAGCCUCAGCCCUCGGGAGGUCCUGGCACUCAUUAUGACUACAGGCCUCAUAUGAUAGAAGCCUCCAACUACGGGGUAAAACGAAGUGCUUCUUUCCAGAAUAAGAUGACCCCGCUAACAUCCGAAAACUAUGUUAAUAUGCAAGGCAAAGGAGCAAUGGGCCAAAACGCUGGUGGCUACCCUCCUAACUUAUAUCUUCCACCACAUUCGCACCCACGCCAAGCCAGUCCCACCUCACACCAGGUUCACAUGAUGCAGCGCUCCCCUGGAGCUAUGGGUGGUGAGUUUUCUGAUGUUCCUCAAGGCCUCCUCACUCCUUCCAGGGCCAGUCUGAACCUUGACCUGUAUGAGCAUCACUGGCCAGGAGCCCAAGGUCCUGAGGGGACUCCUCCAGCCAGGCAGCCACAGGGGCCCUUUAGAGGGGAGGUACGUGUCCCCAGUAGGACCAAUUCUUUCAACAACCACCAGAAGGUGACUGUGAGGCAGGCAUUGCCUCCUACAGCUAGUGUUGCUGGCAAGCAGGAUUCAUCUUUGGGUCCGCCAAACACAAUAACUGCAGUGACCUCUCCACCAAUCCAGCCACCUGUUAAAAGUAUACGGGUCAUGAGGCCUGAGCCGAAGACAGCAGUGGGACCAUGCCAUCCAGGGUGGCUGAGUGCACAAGCUCAGGAUGCACCAGAGUCUCAUGGAUACAUGCCAGAUGAUACUUUUACCCUGGAGCCCAAUCAAGAACACCGCUGUCCGCCUCCACCCUACCCCAAAACACUGCUCCUGCCUGGAUCUGGACCUGGAACUGAGCCUGCAUCCCUGGAGACUGGAGCCAUGGGUGGAUUUCAAGAUGUCAAUGCUACAAGUAGAACAGUCCAGAGUGCCUCAGUAGGAAAGCAAGAGGAACCAGUUUCCAAAGACAAAGUGAAGACAGGCAAAGGCGAGAAGGCAGUGAAGGAUAAGAAGCAGAUUCAAACCUCACCUGUGCCAGUGCGAAAGAAUGCCCGUGAUGAAGAGAAGCGGGAGUCUCGCAUUAAGAGUUAUUCUCCCUUCGCCUUUAAGUUCUACAUGGAGCAGCAUGUGGAGAACGUGAUGAAGACCUAUCAGCAGAAACUCAAUCGCAGGAUGCAGCUGGAGCAGGAGAUGUCCAAGGCUGGCCUUUCAGAGGCAGAGCAAGAACAGAUGAGAAAGAUGCUUUACCAGAAGGAAUCCAAUUACAACCGACUACGACGUGCCAAGAUGGACAAAUCGAUGUUUGUCAAAAUCAAGACACUCGGCAUUGGAGCCUUUGGUGAGGUGUGUCUUACACGCAAAGUGGACACGGGGGCCCUGUAUGCCAUGAAGACUCUACGAAAGAAAGAUGUUCUGAACCGAAACCAAGUAGCCCAUGUGAAAGCAGAACGAGACAUCUUGGCAGAGGCUGACAAUGAGUGGGUAGUCAGGUUGUACUACUCAUUUCAGGACAGAGACAGCCUGUACUUCGUCAUGGAUUACAUUCCUGGAGGAGAUAUGAUGAGCUUGCUGAUCCGUAUGGGGGUUUUUCCAGAGCCCUUAGCCAGGUUCUACGUGGCAGAACUAACGCUGGCCAUCGAGAGUGUGCAUAAGAUGGGCUUCAUCCACAGAGAUAUCAAGCCGGACAACAUCCUAAUUGACCUGGACGGACACAUCAAACUGACUGAUUUUGGUCUGUGUACUGGGUUCCGUUGGACUCACAACUCAAAGUAUUACCAAAAAGGGAACCAUAUCCGACAAGAUAGUAUGGAGCCGAGUGACUUUUGGGAUGAUGUGUCUAACUGCCGUUGUGGUGAUCGGCUGAUGACUUUGGAACAGCGGGCAACUCGACAACACCAGCGUUGCCUGGCACACUCUCUAGUGGGCACUCCUAACUACAUUGCCCCUGAGGUGCUUUUGCGCAAAGGAUACACACAGCUGUGUGACUGGUGGAGUGUUGGAGUAAUCCUGUUUGAGAUGCUGGUUGGCCAGCCACCCUUCCUUGCUCCCACCCCAACGGAGACGCAGCUUAAGGUGAUAAACUGGGAGAACACUCUGCAGGUGCCUCCACAAGUAAAACUGAGCCCAGAGGCAGUUGACAUCAUUGGUCGACUCUGCUGCUCAGCUGAAGAGCGUCUGGGAGGAAACGGGGCUGGAGAGAUUAAGGCUCACCCAUUCUUUGCCGAGAUGGAUUUCUCCAGCAAUCUUCGUACACAACCUGCUCCAUACAGACCGAAGAUUGCCCACCCCAUGGAUACAUCCAACUUUGACCCUGUGGAAGAGGAGGGGGGUCCAGGAGCCUGGAGUGACAGUGGAGACAGCACCCGCACUUGGGACACCCUCUGUUCUCCUCACGGCAAACACCCCGAGCAUGCCUUCUAUGAGUUCACCUUCCGAAGGUUUUUUGAUGAUAAUGGCUGUCCGUUCCGUUAUCCCAAGCCCCCCGAGGCAACGCAAGACCUGCCCAGCAGUAGUGGGGCUGGUGGCCUGAAGCCUGAGCUGGAGGAGGAAGAGGUUCAUGAGGAGGAAGAGCAAGGGGAAGGGUGUGAGCCGGUUUAUGUGUGAGAAUGUUGGAUCGGUUGUUCAUGCUGCUCUGCCUUCACCCAUAGAGGACCUCGCCAGUUAACACGCUGCAUCUCCUACACUUCCUUUUAACCCUACUUUUUCUUCAGGGUGUUUUUGUACAGGUUAAAUGCAUGGAAGAACAUCAGAAAUGGAGUGCAGAAAGUUCCAUGUGAAAUGUUUAUUCCUCCAAAAGCAUUAUGCUGUAUCCUUUGCCUGUUAAAAAAUGACUGAAGCUCUGACCUGGGACCAAGGAAAUACACGCAGCUUAGUUCAUGGGGAUGUUGGUGUGACUGAUAAAGUUGGCUACUCUCCUAUGACGGCACAAAAACAGAUGUGUGUAGCUGCUGCUCUGUGGUUUGUCAGUCAAACCACUCUACUCUCAUGGUUAGUGUGGUCUGCGUCGACUGUGCCCCAUUCCUUUAUUCCACUGGGGGAAAACAUCCCAGUCUUACGUCAUAUUUUAACACUUCCUUCACCUCUCUCAGCCUGGUGAUGCUAACACAGCCAUUCCAAACACCAGAGGUCAUGGUGAGGGAUCAGAAGAGAGCUGGGCUUGGGAUGGUGGCUCUAUGGUCAGGUUGUGAUUAGGAGAUGUGCCAAGAGCAGAGAGGAAGAUCACAAUUCUCCUCCAUAGUGCAAUCCCACAAAAAUAUAAAUGCAUUCAUGCAACAUGCUGUCUGUCACAACUGUGGAGGUUUGCGGGUUUUUUUUUUUUUAUCAAACCAAACUGACUUUUAUAGUAAAAUUCAGAAACAUUUUCUGAAGUAUGGAAGCCAGAUUUGCAGAUGUUCUACCAUAUGAUCCCAGUCAUUUUCCCUUCAUUUAUCUAAAACAAAAAAUGUUUUAGAAGAUUUUGUGGCACCACCAAGUGGUUCAAAGUGACACUGUAAACAGUCAUGCGGAUUCUUUUAAAGGUUUAACUUCUACAUUAUGAACUGACAGUAUUAGGUCACUUCUAUGUGCAAAGUCUGUCCAAAAUAUCAUGCAGUAUUUUGCAGUUAAUUCACUUAUCGCAGCCUUUUUGUAAAUAUUAUACAGUUUCAUGCCUUAUCAGGUCAAACGGUGCUCUCAGACGACACAAUAUUGAGACAAAAUAUUUUACGUACAGUCAGCACUUCAAGAACAUGGGAUCUUAAAACUCCCAUUAUUGUUAAAGGUUUUAUUUAAACAUCUUUUAAAUGUUAAACAACCCAUGACAUUAGAGAGAAAUUCUGAGGUCAUACAAAAUGUGUGGUAAUAAUGUCACAAAAAAAAAAUCACAAUUUGGAAAGUUAAGACUCUUAAGAGAAAAUUAAAAAGGUCUAAAUUUACUUUUUCUUUGCUUGUCAGAAAUAUGCAUGGUAACAUUCGUUCAUUCAAAUGAAAAACCACAAAAAUACAUUGCAAUAUUGACAUUUUAUUUUGCGUUAAGUGUGUUAGUUUAGUUGCUGAAGUAUUGUUAACAAACAUUUAUCUUACCUGGCUUGAUUUCUUUUGUUUAAAGGCUUACUAAACCUGUUCCCAAUAGUUGCUUUACAUUCAUCUGCUGCUUUAAGUGUAUCUAAGAUGUGCAUCACACAUUGUUUUUAUAGGUGUGCUGCAGACAUGCAACUCGCCAUCCAGAACAAAUCUGCAACAUAACAGUUUUCAGCUUUACAAAAUUACAAAAGCUGGGUCUCCAGCUAUUUCCUUUUCUUGUUAUGCAGAAGACUUUAUAUGCUUUUAUUGUAUAACUCUGUCUGCUUUAUCCUCUUCCUAUUUCCCAGAAUUCUUAAUUGCAUUUAGUUUCAUAAGAAGAUCUUAAAAAGUCAGACGGGUGGUUUUUGUUGUGUGUGUUCAUGCUCAUCCAGAUCCACUGGAAAUGAUCUUGUCUGUCGCCAUCAGUGAACUUUGAAACAGAAUCAUUAGAACAAGUGCAAAAAUGUUUUGUCAUUGAGGCGGCUGCUGCUGCACCAUUUCAAAGUGAUCACACAGCACAGUAUUAUAACAAGACAGUCUAUGACUGAAAUGUAAUGAAUACUCCGAGGCAGAAACCUUUAAGAAAUGGUGGAAAAGUGGCGAAAGAAAAGACAAACGUAUCUGAUGGUAUGACUAUGUGCAAUACAGAAAAUACAUUAUAUAGUUUUCUAAAUACAACAAAUAGCCUUUAUAACUUUAAAACUGAAUUAUGCUAUCUUAAAGUAUAUAUUAUAUUGAUUUAUAUAUUUUCAGUAUAGUUUCAUGACCCAAUGCUGCUUAUUGUUAUUAAUAUUACACUAUAAAGUAUCAUUAUCAUCAUACUUUCAUUUAUACUUUCUCUCUUUUUGUAUAAAGUGUGGUUUUGAUUGUCAAUGUGAUUGAUCUGGUGUAAGACGAACUGUGUGCCUUCUAAUGAAUGUGUGGGUGUGUGUGCUACGUGCUGAUCAGUAUUUCAGGAGAAGAUGGAAAAGCCCUUCGCUGCUUGCUCUCAGGCCGGUCCUGAGUGUGAGAGAGAGGGUGUUUUUGGUGGGAUAGCUUGAGAAAGACAAAAAAAGCUAGAAUGAAUGAUUGUCAUUGGGACUCUGAAGGAGAUGUAUAUGGAUGUCAUAGCAGGAUGAAUAUGGGAAACACAUUGUAUGCAUUUGAUCAGUGAUAAGGAUCGUUUUGAAUUUCUGCGUGAAGUCCAUUUAAUAUUGUCUUUCUGAGAUCUAAUCAUUUGUGGUGAUAAUGUGUCACUGCACAAAAUGUUCUCUGUAUUAGUUAUUAUCUCUCAAGCUGACUGACAAUCAUGUGGUUUCGUGCUUGCAGUCUAUAUUGUCAAAAAACCUGUACGACCGCUGACUGAAAGAGCUUUAAAAAAAAAAAAAAAAGUCGAUGAUGAUCAAUUCAUAUUUGUUUUAAAUAUUGUAUCAGUACGAUCGCUCCUAAAAGUUAGGUGAAACUUUAACAAACAUAUUGUAAUGUAAACGUAUAUACCAAGUCAAAUUGGUAUCAUGCCUUUGGUCCAAUCGAACAAGUUGAUUGAGCUCCAUGGAGUGUGAAAGCAAGUAUGGCAGAUGUUUUGCUACCCCAUAUUCGUCAGAAUGGACCACUCAGUGAAAAAGCAUGAGCUUUCUAUGAAUCUCUCAGAGAGUCAGGUUUAGGGUUUGAAUGUAAUGCGUGUGUUGUGCUUAGGAUGGAUUCUGUGUUUUACUUUUGAAAAUGUUGACUGACAAUCUUUGACUGUAUUUAGAAUUGUGUGAUGAUGGGACUUUUUCUCUAAUGUAUGUUUUUGUAUUUUAAUGGAUGAAUGGGUUGGGACUUUUUGACGUUUGUAAUCUUUUAACUGUAUUAUAUAAUACUGUUACUAUUGAACAUAUAUUUAUACAGAUAUACAUAUUUUUUGUAUCCCUUUAUUCUUAUUUUUCUCUUUUCUGAGCUAACUUUUGAACCCCCUUGUCUACAGUAUUACAGACAGUAUGCAUUUGGAUUUAUAUCUCAUUUUUUACAUGUAUGUAUGAAUUGAGAAUGUUUAAGAAAUGCUUCCGCUGUCCUCAUUUGUAAAUGUAUAUGUCUAAAUUAAAUUAAACAAAUCAUCCUCUUGUUUUGA